UGUGCGACACUGACGUCAUAUCCUCUUUCUUGAUGCCCAAGCGAACGUUGGAGAGUAAUGGCGGCGUGCCGGGGGUCUUCGUCGAAAUGGUUUUUCACCCGGGAACAGCUCGAAAACACGCCGUCUCGCCGAAGUGGAGUAGACGCAGAUCGAGAACUCUCCUACCGACAGCAAGCGGCAAACCUGAUCCAAGAUAUGGGUCAAAGACUCAACGUCUCUCAAUUAACAAUAAACACAGCAAUCGUUUACAUGCAUAGAUUUUAUAUGCACCAUUCUUUCAGCAAAUUCCAUAGGAAUAUAAUCUCUCCAACCACCCUAUUCUUGGCUGCAAAAGUGGAAGAGCAACCUCGGAAACUCGAACAUGUAAUCAAAGUUGCACAUGCUUGCCUAAACCCCCAAGAACCGCCUCUAGACACAAAAAGUAAUGCAUACCUCCAGCAAGCUCAAGAGCUGGUGAUACUUGAAUCCAUAGUGCUGCAGACCCUGGGCUUUGAAAUAACUAUUGAUCACCCACACACUGAUGUGGUGAAAUGUACCCAGCUAGUGCGAGCAAGCAAGGAUCUGGCACAGACUUCCUAUUUCAUGGCUACCAACAGUCUGCACCUCACUACCUUCUGCCUCCAGUACAAGCCCACAGUGAUUGCCUGUGUGUGCAUCCAUCUGGCGUGCAAGUGGUCCAACUGGGAGAUCCCGGUUUCUACUGAUGGGAAACACUGGUGGGAAUAUGUGGACAACUCUGUCACUCUCGAGCUGCUUGAUGAGUUGACCCAUGAGUUUCUGCAGAUUCUGGAGAAAACACCCAGCCGACUAAAGAGGAUACGCAACUGGAGGGCAACGCAAGCUGCCAAAAAGCCUAAGACUGAAAACACCCAGAUGACUGACAACUCAUUUCCUGGACCUUCAUUGGCCCAGGACCAAGCUGAUGCCUCACUUCCUGGCGUUCCUUCUUCCAACCCAGGAUUUUCCAAAGCAGGCUCUACCUUUCCUAUGCCCAUGCUCAGCCAGUCUGGUGGAGCAGUUCUGUCUCUAGACUCCAUAGCCACCACAUACAAUCCAGGUAGCCACAGUGAAUGGCCCCAGGGCAACCAGAGCCAGCAAGGAUACUCUACCACCUGUAUAAAACAGGAACCGCUCAGCAUCCCUAUCCAAGAAUCUUUGCAAACCUCUGCUUCCUCUUUGCUUCAGCAUCCAAUGGUAUACAAGACUGAAAAAAUAGAUUUCAACCCAGUCAAACAAGAACAAAAGGGAGCUGGUGGGAGUGGAGCUGCUAAGCAUCAACUAGCACCUCAGUCUGGUUACCCUCCACCAGCUCAGCCGUCUCCAGCUCAGAAGCUGUCACUGGAUAAAUACAGAGAGAAACAUGCUGCAGAGCUGGCUGCCUCUGGGCAGAAACGUAGGCAGGAACAGCAUGGUGGAGUAAUGGACUGUGAUGUAAGGGGGGAUUUGUUGUCCUCCUCUAGCUAUGCACCAUCCAUGAUGAGCCAAGGAGACAACAGAAAACAAACAGUCCAUGGCAGUGGUGGCAGCGCCACAGCUUCCCCAAUGAAAAUGAAAGUGCCCUCCUCAUCUUCGGGCCAAGAUAGACGCCAUCACAGUGACAAACGGGACAAAAGUUCGCUUAAAGUUCGCUUAGCUGUGCCGGGAUCCAGCAGUGGUUCACAGCUGGAUAAAACCAGUCAACAGAUGAGCAAAGAUGAGCUUAAAAUGAAGAUUAAAGUGUCGUCCUCUGAGCGUCACAGCUCAUCAGAUGAAGCCAUGGGCACCAACAACAACAAAAGCAAACAUUCCAGCCCAAUGGUGAGCAAAGAGAAACAUCGUGGGGCAGAGCACAACCCCCAUCGCCACCAUAAACACAGUCACGCCCCCACACACAGUGGCAACGGCCGCGGAGCUACAGAGGGCUCAGGCAUUGGGAUAGGCCUGCUGCGAGGUCCUCCUGGACUCAUCAGCAUGGAAGGAACAACACAUGGGCCUCCUGGGCCCACCUCUUCAUCUUCAUCACGCAAGAGGGCAUAUCCAGAGGCCAGCCACAACCACCACCCUUCGGCCUCAUCCUUCACUGCUAGCUCCAAAGUGAGCAAAAUCUCCAAGGGUGGCUCUAGUGCUGCAGGUACUUCAUCUUUUUCUUCCCCCUCUUUUCCUCCUUGCUCCUCUCCUGUACUGCAGUGUGUCUCAUCUGGCUUGCAGCUCUAUGGCUAACCUCCUUCCCUCCCUACCUCCACCCCACCCUUCUCCUCCUCCUCCUUCUCCUUAUUCUCGUUUCUCCUCCUCCCCUCCUGUCACACCCAGGUGGGCUGCGGACCUCUCAGCAGUACCCUCCUCCUAGUGAAUCGCCACAUGAAGUGGGAGAGCAGAGACACUGAGUCCACCCCUCUGCAGCCAUGGCCAGCACAUGAAAAUGGCAACAAACUACACACAGUUCAAACUUUAAAGACUAUGCUCACCUCUUUGUUAAGUGCCCUAGAGAAAGAAAAAAAAAAAAACUCUAUGUGAUGAUAAACCCUUUAUUGAAAGGCAGAAAGUUAUCUGCAAAAAAAAGAGUAUUGUUGGACUUCUCAGCUUCUGAGAUGUGAAAGAUGAAAAAUUAUGCUUCCUGACUGUCACAUCUCUGGGCUUUGGUGCUCAGUCCUCUUUCUGUUAUUGUGUUGAAUUGUUGCUUUGUUAUUCUUCCUCCUCAAAUGGGUCUAGGAACGUGUAAAAGGUGGUUGUGUGUUUGGGAAAGUUUGUUUCCAUCGGGGGGAGAAGUUCUUUCCCUACAUGUCAGAUCUCCAUAUGAGAAAACACAAGUAUUACAAGUUCUAUAAAAAGCAAGGAAGGUGCACUUUCCUUAUUUUUCUUCCUCCUUUUUUUUUUUUCUUUUAAAGAAGUAAUUUUCAUUGAAUCACAUUUCUGUGGUUUUAUGGAGGAAGAUGGUGGCCAGGUGGAGAUGACUUCAGUUUGCUGAUAUUCCAUUUAGUACUGUUGAUGGAUGCAAUUUUUUAGGUGUUUAAAAUUCAUCUCCUAAAUUA